AUGAAACAAACAAUCGAAAUGUUGUCAUCCGAAAUAUUUUUGAUGGAUUUUGUAGAAUUUACGAAGGAAGAACUGAAAUUAAAAACUAGUACAUUCCGUUGGGUCAAAUACGUCAACGAUACAAUUUCUAUGAGUUCUAUAAUGGUUAUAAAUAAAACAAAAGAAUUUAAAGGAGUUCUACAGGAGCGUAUUAAAAAUUUCAACAUCGAGCUGGACAUCUAUAGAUCGGAAUUGGAAGAGUUUCGAAUAUUGGGAGACAUAAAUGAUAUAAAAAUAUACGCGGAGAAAUCUCAAAAAAUGGAUGAUAAAUUAAAUGAAGCUUUGGAGACAAUCGAUGAAUUCAACAAACAAGAAAAAUACUUUCAGAUGGAAGAAAGUGCAUAUCCACUUCGAAAAUUUGUUGCAGAUUCAUUAGCGCCAUAUAAACUGCUUUAUGAUAACUGUUCAGAGUUUAUCGUAAAUCAUGAAAACUGGAUGAAUGCUGCCAUUGGCACAUACGACCCAGAGCAGAUCGAUCAAAAUGUGACUACUUACUAUCGUAACUUAUCAAAACUCGAACGGACAUUCAUGAAAAACCCUGCCCCAUUGGGUAUUGCAAUAAAAGUGCGGACAUUGGUCGAGGCAUUUAAAAAAAGAAUCCCAGAAGUAUUAACAUUGGGAAAUUUAGGUCUUAAACGACGUCACUGGGAAGAUAUUUCAAAUGUAGUCGGUUUUGUAAUGUUCCCCGAUCAAAAUCUAACUCUGGCAAAAGUUUUAAAUCUCAACCUCGGUAAAUUUGUACCUCAAUUUGAAAUAAUUAGUGAUGGAGCUUCCAAAGAAAAUAAUUUGGAUAAGAGGCUAAAUACUAUGGUGGAGGAAUGGAAAGAUUUCAACUUUACCAUAUUAGACUACAAAGAUUCGGGAACAUAUAUUUUAUCGGGUAUAGAUGAUGUACAAUUACUACUUGACGAUCACAUAUUAAAAACAGCUGCGAUGAAAUCUUCUCCAUUUGUUAAACCUUUUGAAAACAAAUUAUUAGAAUGGGAAGCUAAAAUAAUUACUUUGAAUGAAAUAAUAGAGUUAUUGGUCAAAGUUCAAAUGACCUGGAUGUACUUGGAAUCAAUUUUUUCAUCUCCAGAUAUACAGAGACAGAUGCCAGAUGAAUCACAAAAGUUUAAUGCAGUGGAUAAGAUAUGGAGAGACUUAAUGAAAGAUAUUAAUAAAUCAAUGAAUAUUUUACAAACAGUUAAUAUAGAAAACAUCUUACAAAAUUUAAAAAAAAGUUAUAUGCUAUUAGAUUUGGUGCAAAAAGGUUUAAAUAAUUAUCUCGAGACCAAACGACUUUAUUUUCCAAGAUUGUUUUUUUUAUCAAAUGACGAACUUCUUGAAAUCAUAUCGGAAACGAAAGACCCGAAGAGAGUGCAGCCACAUUUAAAAAAAUGUUUUGAAGGAAUAGCUACACUUAUUUUUACUGAAAAACUGGAUGUUAUAUCUAUGGUAUCUAGUGAAGCAGAAAUCGUAAAUUUAUCAAUAACAAUUAAUACAGCCAAAGCUAGAGGUCAAGUUGAGAAAUGGCUAUUAGACUUAGAACUAUCAAUGAAAACUACGGUACGUGCAGUAAUCGGGAAGGCUUUGUUAGCUUAUCAGAAUACCGUCAGGCAUGAAUGGGUAGUACAAUGGCCCGGACAAGCUGUCUUAGCUGUUUCAUGUACAUAUUGGACCGUCGAGAUGACACAAGCAAUCAAACAACAUCCUGAUGGUCUUUCGGUAUAUUUGAAUAAAUGUAAUAGGCAGAUCGAUAAAAUUGUUAAAUUGGUUCGAGGUGUAUUGUCAGUUCAAACGCGAUUAACGUUAGGAGCGUUGAUUGUAAUCGACGUCCAUGCCAGAGAUGUUGUUGAUGACUUGGCAAACAAAAAUAUUCGUAAAACAAAUGAUUUUGGAUGGAUCAGCCAAUUGCGAUAUUAUUGGAUCGACGAGAAUUUAUUUACUUCCAUGAUAAAUGCAUCAUUGAAUUACGGUUACGAAUACCUAGGUAAUUCGGCAAGAUUGGUUAUUACUCCGCUCACUGACCGUUGUUAUCGAACACUGUUUUGCGCUCUUCAAUUAAAUUUGGGAGGUGCGCCUGAAGGACCGGCUGGAACCGGUAAAACAGAAACUACUAAAGACUUGGCAAAAGCAAUAGCUAAACAAUGUGUCGUUUUCAAUUGCUCAGAUAGUAUGGACUACAUUGGUCUUGGGAAAUUUUUCAAAGGUUUAUUGUCGUGUGGCGCAUGGGCAUGUUUUGACGAAUUCAAUCGCAUAGAUUUAGAAGUCUUAUCAGUAGUUGCACAACAAAUAUUGACUAUUCAACGAGGUAUACAGGCUGGAUUGAUCAAGAUAUUUUUUGAAGGGUCAAAUUUAACAUUGGAUAAUACAUGCGCUAUAUUUAUAACUAUGAACCCUGGUUAUGCCGGACGUUCAGAGCUACCGGAUAAUUUAAAAGCUUUAUUUCGUUCAGUAGCGAUGAUGGUACCCGAUUAUGCCUUGAUAUCUGAAAUAGUUUUGUAUUCCCAAGGGUUUAGUUUAGCUCGUUCGUUGUCGGUAAAAAUUGUAGCAACGUAUAAAUUAUGUUCCGAACAGCUUUCGUCGCAAAACCAUUAUGAUUACGGAAUGAGAGCGGUUAAAACUGUGCUGACAGCAGCCGGAAAUCUAAAACUGAAAUACCCCGAAGAAGAUGAAAAUAUACUCAUGUUGCGUUCUAUCAAUGACGUUAAUUUACCAAAGUUUCUUAAACAUGAUAUCCCGUUGUUUAAAGGUUUAACUUCAGAUUUGUUCCCUGGAAUUGAAUUGCCAACACCAGAUUAUAAAAUUCUCAACGCCGCUAUAGAAGAACACUGUAAAAUAAUGAAUCUACAAUGUACUCCGUUCUUUGUUGAAAAAAUUCAACAAAUAUAUGAAAUGAUGAUCGUUAGACAUGGAUUUAUGAUUGUGGGUUUGCCGUUUAGUGGUAAAACAUCAGCCUAUAAAGUACUCAGUGGUGCAUUAAAAAUUAUUGAAACCAAUAAAUUAAUGAAUGAACAUAAAGUCGAAAUUAUGGUAAUAAACCCUAAGUCUAUAACAUUGGGUCAACUUUAUGGUCAGUUUGAUCUAACAUCACACGAAUGGUCGGACGGAAUUUUAGCUGUUGGGUUCAGAAAAUUUGCUUCUUCAACUAACCUCGACAGAAAAUGGUUGAUUUUUGAUGGUCCAGUAGACGCUAUUUGGAUUGAAAGUAUGAAUACCGUGUUGGAUGAUAACAAAAAAUUAUGUUUAAUAUCAGGAGAAAUUAUACAACUUGCUAACACAACUAAUUUGAUCUUCGAACCUAUGGACUUGGAUGUUGCAUCGCCGGCCACGGUUUCAAGGUGUGGUAUGAUUUACAUGGAACCGGUUUCAUUAGGCUGGGAGUGUUUAGUGACUUCGUGGAUAAACCAAUUGUCCUCUUACUUACCACCGAAACACAAAGAGGCGUUACAUAAACAUAUCAUACGGUUCACUCGGUCAAUAUUGUUCAUGUUAAGACGUUGUAAUAUUAACGAAGUGUUUCCUACUAGUGAUAUGAACUUGGUUAGAUCACUAACAAAUAUUUGUGAUACUUAUUUUAAACCAUACUAUGACGAAGAACAUUUAAAAACAAUCUCACAGAUUGAUAUGAGAUCGCAAAUAGAAUGUAUAUGCUUCUUUUCUUGUAUAUGGUCAAUGGGAGCUGCAUUAGACACAAGCAGCCGAAUUAAAUUCAAUCUCCUGUUUCGAGCAUUGUUAGAAAAUAAAUUUCCCAAAAAAGUAGCGUAUGCAUUAAAUAUACCACUUGAACUAUGUCCAUCACCAGAUAAACCAUAUACGAAUGUAAUUCCCAAAGACGGAUUAGUUUUCGACUACAGAUAUGUUAUAAACAAAAAAGGCAAAGGAGAAUGGAAACUAUGGACAGAUUAUAUAGACGAUGAACCACCGAUACCGAAAGACAUUCCAUUCAAUGAAAUUAUAGUUCCAACAGUAGAUACAAUUAGAAACCAUGCACUAAUGGCAUUGUUAUUAGAAAAUAAUAAACCAAUGCUGAUGGUAGGUAAAACUGGAACAGGAAAAUCGGCUUACACUAUGAAUUACAUUUUUACGAAAAUUGAUAAAGAAUUUAACAGCUCGUCUUGUAUUAAUUUUUCCGCGCAGACUUCCUCAAAUAUUACACAGGACAUAAUUAUGAGUAAACUUGUUAAGAGAAGACGUGGUGUGUUCGGACCUCCGAUCGGAACCAAGUGCAUAAUAUUUAUCGAUGAUUUGAGUAUGCCACUAAAGGAGUACUAUGGGGCUCAGCCGCCUAUCGAGCUGUUGCGCCAAUGUAUGGACAAAUUUCCAUGGUACGACCGUAAAGAAUUAGAAGCCAUACACCUUCAAGACGUCCUAAUAUUAUGUGCGAUGGGGCCUCCAUCAUCAGGAAAUACCGUGACUCCUAGGUUUAGUCGUCAUUUUAACAUAAUCGUGACAAACUCAUUCGACGAUAUCACAAUGGUUUCAAUUUUUAGCAAAAUUUUAUUUUGGCAUUUAGAAAACAAAGGUUUUGGCAAAAAGUUUGAUUCAUCUGUUGAUCAGUUAAUCAAUUCAACAUUAGAGGUACAUAAAAAGAGCAUUGGAUAUUUAAUGCCAACUCCAGCUAAAUCACAUUACUUAUUCAAUUUAAGAGAUUUUUCUAAAGUCAUACAAGGAAUUAUGUUCUCUGUUCCUGACACUAUUACCGAUGUAAUUUCCAUGAAACGCCUUUGGGUACAUGAAAUACUUAGAGUAUACUAUGACCGUUUAGUUGAUGAAUCUGACCGUGGGUGGUUUUUUGAUAGUUUACGUUUUGUAUGUAAAGAAUUCCUAGACGAAGACCUAAAUCAAAUGUUCAUUCAUCUUAUCACGACGGAUAACAAAAUAGUAACUCAAAAUGAAUUGCGCCAGUUAAUUUAUUGUGACUUCUCUAAUCCACAUUCACAAGAUAGAAAUUAUAAAGAAAUCCGUGAUUUAGAGAGUCUUCGAUUGACAGUUGAAGAAUUUCUUAGUGAAUUCAAUCAAUUGAGCAAAAAACCUAUGCAUUUAGUGCUUUUUAGAUUCGCUCUCGAACAUUUAUCCCGGAUUUGUCGUAUCAUGAAUCAGCCACGAGGGCAUGCUUUACUUAUUGGUUUAGGAGGAUCAGGUCGCCAGUCGUUAACAAGACUAGCUGCACAUAUUUCUCAAUACGAACUAUUUCAGAUAAAACUAACUCGCUUAUAUGGAGUAAAUGAAUGGCAUGAGGAUUUGAAAAAUAUAUUUAAACAAGCUACUCUUGCGUUUGAUCAAAAUGUUAUAUUCUUGUUUACGGAUUCAGAAAUAAAAAAUGAAGGAAUGGUUGAAGACAUAAACAAUUUACUAAAUUCAGGAGAAGUACCUAAUCUAUUUGUAAUGGAUGAAAAAAUAGAGAUCUGUGAUAAAAUGCGUGAACUAGAUAAACAACGUGACAAAACUUUACAAACUGAUGGUAGCUUAACCGGGUUAUUUAAUUUAUUUAUUCAAACUGUGCGUGACCAACUGCACGUGUCGUUGGCAUUUAGUCCAAUUGGCAAUGGCCUUAGAACAAGAAUAAGACAAUUUCCAUCACUUGUGCAGUGUUGCACUAUUGACUGGUUUCAGACUUGGCCAUCGGAUGCUUUAAUAGCUGUGGCUAAAAGUUUUUUAAGUGACGUAGAACUAACAGAUCAUGAACGCAAUGUUAGUAUUAAAAUGUGUCAACAAUUUCAUAUAACAACUAUAAAUCUGUCUAUAGAGUUUAAUGCUAAAUUACAACGUCGAACUUAUGUAACGCCAACUUCUUACUUAGAAAUGAUCAACACUUUUAAAGAUGUUUUAAGUAAAAAACGAUUAGAAAUAAUUCUUGCAAAACGUCGGUACGAAGUUGGAUUAGAAAGAUUGCAGAACGCAGCCGACGAUAUAGAAAUUUUGCAAAAAGAACUAAAAUAUUUAGAGCCUGAAAUUAUAGCUGCUUCUAAAAAAGUAAAACUAAUUAUGCUGAAAAUAGAAAAAGAAAAUAUAGAAAUAUCAAAAGUUAAACAAAACAUUGAAAUAGAUGAAGAAAAGGCACAGAUAACUGCAGGCGAAGCACAAGAAAUAAAGGACGAGUGUGAAGCUCACAUGGAAGCUGCAAAACCUGUAUUGAAUGCUGCUCUUGCUGCAUUAAAUACAUUGACUCCUGGUGAUAUGACAUUCGUAAAAUCCAUGAAAAAUCCUCCUAAUGGGGUUAAAUUGGUUAUGGAAACUAUUUGCAUCAUAAAGGAAGUAAAACCUGAUAAAAUUCCUGACCCAUCUACUGGAAAAAUGGUGGAAGAUUAUUGGGGACCAUCAAAAAAAUUACUUAAUGACAUGAAGUUUUUAGAACAUCUCAUUAAUUUUGAUAAGGAUAAUAUACCAAAUGCAGUUAUGAAAGUUAUCAAUGAAAAGUAUCUUACGAACCCAGAUUUUGAACCAAAACUAAUUAAAAAAGCUUCAACUGCUGCGGAAGGCUUAUGCAAAUGGGUAACAGCAAUAUCUAGCUAUGACAAAGUGGCAAAAGAGAUAAGACCAAAAAGAAUUGCUCUAGCUGAAGCAGAAUCUAUGUAUAAUAGUGCGAUGGAUGAACUUAAAGAAAAACGUUCACAGCUCAAAGAGGUUGAAAUGAAACUAAAACUGGUGCAAGAAAACCUUGAAGAAAAUGAACGAAAAAUGGCAAAGUUACAAGAUAAUGCUGAUGAAGUACAAACAAAAAUGAUACGAGCUGAAGAUUUAAUAGGUGGAUUAGGAGGGGAAAAACAACGGUGGGGGCAAAUGGCUAAGGAUCUCGGAGAAAGAUAUUUAAACCUUACAGGUGACUUGUUAAUAAGUUCCGGUAUUAUUGCAUACUUAGGUCCAUUCACAAUGGACUACAGAAGCAAUCAAAUCAAAGAUUGGGUGAAAGAAAUCCUCGAAAAUAAAAUCGUAUGUUCUAAAGAUUUUCAAUUAAGUGCAAUACUUGGACAGCCAGUCGUAAUCAGAGCUUGGAAUGUAGCUGGGUUGCCUACGGAUUUAUUUUCUAUAGAUAAUGGCAUUAUUGUCAUGAAUGCUAGACGGUCGGCUUUAAUGAUUGAUCCACAAGGACAGGCAAACAAAUGGAUUAAGACAAUGGAAACGGAAAACUCUUUAAACACAAUACGCUUCAGUUCAUCCAACUAUAUUACUGUCUUGGAGCAUGCCAUCACUAGUGGCCAACCAGUUUUAUUAGAAAACAUUUAUGAAGAAUUGGAUCCUAUAUUAGACCCUGUAUUGUUAAAACAAAUAUUUUUAACUCGUGGAACUUACUGCCUAACAUUAGGUGAUUCCAUCAUUGAAUAUAAUCCCAAUUUCAGGUUUUAUAUAACAACUAAAUUGAAAAAUCCACAUUACUUACCAGAAGUAGCUGUAAAAGUGGUAUUAUUGAAUUUUAUGAUAACACCUAUUGGCCUGGAAGAUCAGUUACUAGGUGAAGUAGUAGCUAAAGAUAGACCUGAUUUAGAAACUGUAAAGAAUGAAUUGAUCAUCCAAGGUGCUAAAAAUGCCAAAUCCUUAAAAGAUAUCGAAGAUAAAAUAUUGGAAGUCCUGAGUUCGACUGAAGGAAAUAUUUUGGAGGACGAAGGCGCUGUAACCAUAUUAAGUUCUUCAAAAACAUUAGCAAACGAAAUAAAAGAAAAACAAGCAGAAUCUGAAAUCACUGAACGAAUAAUAGACAAAACUAGGCAACAAUACCGUAUUGUUGCCACACAUUCAACUAAACUAUUUUUCACCAUUGAUACGUUGGCAAAUAUUGAUCCCAUGUAUCAAUAUUCUCUAGCGUGGUUUAUACAUUUAUUCAGUGUAGCUAUCAAAAAUAGCCCUAAACGUAUAAACAUCGAAGAUCGAACAAAUGAAUUAAUGAAAUAUUUUACAUAUUCCUUAUACGUUAACAUAUGCAGAAGUUUAUUUGAAAAAGACAAGUUAUUACUAUCGUUGAUUAUGGCUAUUAAUUUAUCCGAAGAAUUGGAUAUGGAUGAAUGGAUAUUCUUCCUUACAGGUGGAAUUAGUUUAGAUAAUCCGUUCAAAAAUCAGAUCAGUUGGUUACAGAAUAAAAGCUGGGACGAAUUAUGUAGACUUGAAAAUCUUCCUAAAUUCAAGAAUAUAAAAGUGGAUUUCGAAACCAACACGGAUAAAUGGAAAGAAAUUUACGAUUCAUUGGAACCACAUUUGGCACCUUUUCCUGAUCCAUGGGAUAAACAUCUGAAUUAUUUUCAAAAAUGUCUCAUAAUACGUUUACUUCGAUAUGAUAAAAUUAUACCAGCUGUUCAAUAUUUCGUUGCUAACGAAUCAGUAUUGGAUCAUAAAUACACAGUUCCCCUGCCAUUUGAUUUAUCAACAAUUUUUGAUGACAUCCAAUGUUUUCAAACUCCAUUAGUUUUUUUUUUGACACCUGAGCAGAUCCAACUGCAAUUUUUCUUUCUUUUCACUCAGGGAUUUUCUACCCGUUUAUCGGCGUUAUCAUUAGGUCAAGGACAAGGGCCUAUUGCAUCAAGACUUAUCACUGAAGCUACAAGAAUGGGUAACUGGGUAUUGUUACAAAAUUGUCAUUUAGCUAAAAGUUGGAUGGCACAACUUGAAAUGAUAUGCGAAAGCUUCACUGCUGAGCACACUCAUCCCGAGUUUAGACUUUGGUUGACAUCCUAUCCUGUGGAGUACUUUCCUGUAUCAGUUUUACAAAAUAGUAUAAAAAUUACAAAUGAACCACCAAAAGGACUUCGAGCCAACCUUUACAGAUCGUUUACAAGUGAUCCGAUUGUAAAUGAAGAAUUCUUUGAAGGCUGUAAACAAGGCAGUAAUUUCAAAAAGAUGCUUUUUGGGCUUUGUUUCUUCCAUGCCCUUAUACAAGAGCGGCGUCAUUUUGGUCCAAUCGGAUGGAAUCGGCCAUACGAAUUCAACGAGACUGACCUCAGAAUUAGUGUCGUUCAGUUACAAAACUUCUUGAACGAGUAUUCAAAGAUUCAAUUUGAAGCUUUGCGUUAUUUGACUGGUGAAUGCAACUACGGUGGCCGUGUAACCGACGACUGGGACCGAAGGUGUCUAAUUACGUUUCUAAACAAAUUCUAUACGCAAGAAAUUGUCAAAUAUAAAAAUUAUAGAUUUGAUAAAUCUGGAACUUACUAUUGCCCAAAUUGGAAACAAUACGAUCAUUUCGUGGAGUACAUUCAAGAUCUACCUUCAAUCACUCGACCUAGCAUAUUUGGUAUGAACGAGAAUGCAGAUCUCAUUAAAGAACAACAAGAAUCUGACAUUCUUCUUACUUCUGUGCUUAGUACUCAGAAUAUGGAAAGUUCAAAGGAAGGAAAAGGAGUAUCGUCAGAAGAACUUAUCAUUACAUUUGCUGUAGAUGUUCUAAAUAAACUUCCGAUUCCUUUUGACACAGUUCUUGCAUUAGAAAAAUAUCCUACUACCUACAGUCAGUCUAUGAACACAGUUUUGGUUCAAGAAAUGGGACGGUUCAAUAAUCUUUUGAAUGUAAUAACAUCAAGUCUAAUUAAUGUCCAAAAAGCUAUCAAAGGUCUAAUAUUAAUAUCUAAUGAACUGGAAGAACUUUGUCAGAGUAUCAUAAAUGGAAAAAUUCCGACAGCUUGGGCAAGAAAUUCCUAUCCGUCUUUAAAACCACUGGGGAGUUAUGUUAAAGAUUUCUUACAGAGAAUGGCGUUUUUGCAAAAAUGGUACGAUAACGAUGCUCCAAAAUUGUUCUGGUUGUCUGGAUUUUAUUUCACUCAAGCUUUUUUGACUGGAACUCAACAGAACUUUGCCAGAAAGUAUAAGAUACCGAUUGAUUUACUAACAUUUGAUUAUAAAAUAUUAAAAAAAUCGGCGGCGACGGACGUCGAACCCGUUGACGGAGUUUACGUGUACGGUCUGUACUUGGAUGGGGCCCGAUGGAGCGACCGGAAGGCCGUGUUAAAAGAAUCGAAACCGAAACAAUUGUUCUGCGCCAUGCCGUUGAUCCACUUGCUGCCUGCGAUGAGGUCCGUGGCGCCACCCGGCACAGCAUACCUGUGUCCGAUGUACAAGACGGCCGAGCGGAGGGGCACGCUGUCCACCACCGGACAUUCCACCAACUUCGUGAUUGCCGUGUCAGUGCCCAUCGACAGACCACCCGAACACUGGACCAUGAGGGGCGUCGCUCUCCUCUGUCAGUUGUCCCAGUGA